CAUCAAUGAGGCUUCGUCUAAUUACGGAUUACGACGUGAACUAGGUAAAUAUGUAUAAAAAGAGAUAGACGACCACAUUGCUUUUACAUUUGAGGAAUGGCUGAUCCAGUAGUGAUUUAUGUGCUUAAAGAGGAUUGUUGACCUGUCGCAAAGGAACAUAGGCUUUUGAUGUCCGAUUUAGUAGCUUGUUAAACAAGGAGAAAUAAAGGGAGCUAUUCAGUGAAGCCAUGGAGAUGUGCGACUUUGGACCGUACCCUGCAGACGGCAGACUUUACUGUAAUGCCACGUUCGACGGCGUGCAAUGUUGGAAUUACACGGUGGCUAGGUCUUUAACCAUUGGAGCGUGUCCACAGAACCACCCCAACUCUAUUCUCUUUGACAACCCCGCAGGUUUCUCGUACAGAAAAUGUGAUGCAAACGGAGAAUGGUGGAGCAGGAGUAAGAAUGCGACCCACGAAUUCACCAAAACAGAUUAUCGCACUUGCGCCUCACUCUACACCCUACAAAAAGCCAACUCUAUUCUGACGGUUGAUAAAAAUAGAGUCAAACUGGUUACGUACAUUUACAUCAGCGGCUAUGUCAUAUCUGUCGUGCUACUGAUUUUGGCUCUGAUGGUCUUCGGAGCUUUCAAGCAACUCCACUGCAAACGAGUGACAAUCCAUUCUAAUCUGUUCGCAUCCUUCAUUUUGAGUGGAGCUUCAUGGGUCAUCUAUUACUCAUUGAUGAUGUCAGACAGCUUAGAAUCCAAUCAAAGACCGAUAUGGUGCUACUUCAUGCAUGGAUUAGCGUUAUACACAACGCUUUGCAAAUACGCUUGGAUGUUAUCAGAGGGAGUAUUCCUACACUUCAGCCUAAUGCAAGUUUUCUCUAGCCGGAACAAGCUCUUAAUCACGUGCUGCAUCAUCGGAUGGGUUCUACCUGGUGUCAUCAUAGGAGCGUAUUGUAUUGUUCGAACUAUUGUGGGAGAAAAAAAAUUGGAGAGGUGUUGGACGGAAACUCGCCCAUUCAUUUGGAUUAUAAGUAUUCCUAUAAUUCUGUCAUUAGUGCUCAAUAUAAUUUUCUUGAUCAACAUCAUGAGGAUUCUAUCAUCUAAACUUCGAUCAGUCAACCGGAGAAACGGGAACCAGUACAAAAAGACGGCACGGGCCAUAUUGAUUUUGGUCCCUCUUCUGGGAUUGCAGAACAUCCUUAUGCCGGUUGUAAUUGACUCGCUAGCUUACAAAAUCUUUGCCGCUCUAGUGACAUCGUACCAGGGAGCCCUUGUUGCUGUUUUAUUUUGCUUCCUAAAUGGCGAGGUUUUAACAAUUAUCAAGAGAAAGCUGUGUAAUUGCUGUUCUAAUUCGCGUGAGGAGACAGAGAAAAUUUCCCUGAAAUCAAGCACUCGUAGAUUGCAGACAGAUCAAGAGGAAGCGGAAGUGUUUCUUGAUGGAUGCGCAAGCUCCGUCUGAAUGUGCUAAGAAAAAAACUAGCCAUUCGUAGACCAUUUGGAAUAACAGGAGCUAUACUAGUAUACUCCCAUACUUACUAAACUGUGUCUGUGGAGGGGGGGGGGGAAAUCUAACAUUAAUGAUACAAAACUGUUAUUAUUUUAAAAUAUUAAAUCAUUUUCACACAAUCAUAUAUAUCAUGUUCAUAAUUUGUUAUUGGACUUGUCCGAGAAUCGAAGAAAAAAACCUCUAAGGCCUCCAUGGCAACUCGCUUGAUUAGAUACCUAAACAUACAUUUAGGCUAAAAGACUUUCUUUUUUUUUUGUAUAAAGUGGAGCUUAACUUAAUUCAAUCAAACGGAGGACCCGCUUGUUAUUCUACAGUUUAUUUAUUUGGUCUUCCGUUUCAUUUUUGUUAUUUGUUUUUUUUCUUUUUUUAUUACUUUAUAUGAUUUAUUUUUUGCGCAUUUUUGUAAA